GUAAUGUUUUGACUCUAAAAGCGUCGUGGCGAGAGCACGAGCCGCGGGGUAUUAUUUCAUGGAUGGGGGUUUUUGUAAGGACUCAUUCAGGGUGUCCUUCUGCAUCUGCCGAAGCAAAUAGUUAUUUUUGGCACCUGACAUUAAAGCUCACCCUCUGCAGCAUGGCAGCAGCAGGCCCGCAAACGCUCCAUAGCGCCGGAGUCUGACUGCAGCUCUUUGUUCGUCCUCAGAAACUCACUGUGCGCGAUUUGAUGAUGGAUUCUCUUCGUAUCAGGGACUGACGGACACGCCUGAGGUCAGCUGCAAGAGGAGAUACUUCUGUACUAUUAGCCUUGAGCUGGAAACAUGACCAAGGAGGAGGAGAUCCCUGACUGGGUGGGAGCCAAAGAGUUCUACGACAAAUAUGAGCCCAAGGAGAUUCUGGGAAGGGGAGUGAGCAGCGUGGUGCGCCGCUGCGUCGACAAGCAUACGUCUCAGGAGUACGCGGUGAAGAUCAUCGACAUCACCCCUUCUGACAAGAUGACGCCGCAGGAGAUCGAAGAGAUCAGAGAGGCGACGGUGAAGGAGAUCGACAUCCUCAAGAAAGUCUACGGACAGGAGAACAUCAUUCAGCUCAAAGACUGCUAUGAGUCCAAGGCCUUCUUCUUCCUGGUUUUUGACCUGAAAGUGGUGACAGAGUUCUGCCAUGAAAAAUACUGGUGUUCCCACCACGUCUACCCAGGUUCCUGCAGAGACCUGCCCAUGCAGGUCUUUAAAGGACCAUCAGGGGAAUCUCCAAACAAGGUGUGUGGGACUCCUGGUUACCUUGCUCCUGAGAUCAUUGAGUGCUCUAUGGACGCAGGACAUUCAGGAUAUGGGACAGCUGUGGACAUAUGGAGUUCAGGUGUUAUCAUGUACACGCUGCUCGCGGGCUCUCCACCGUUCUGGCACAGGAAACAGAUGCUGAUGCUGCGCAUGAUCUUAGCGGGGACGUACGACUUCUCCUCUCCUGAAUGGGAAGACCGCUCAGACACGGUCAAAGAUUUGAUCUCGCGGAUGCUGGUGGUGAAUCCAAAGCAGCGUUUCACAGCUACAGAUGUUCUGAACCACUCGUUCUUUUCACAGUACGUGGUGCACGAAGUACGACAAUUCACUCCGUUCAGGCGCUUCAAGGUUAUUUGCUUGACCGUUCUCGCUACAAUGCGAAUCUACUGCAACUAUCGCCGUGCCAAGCCCAUCACCAAGGAGGUGAUAAAGAGCGACCCGUACGCCGUGAAGCCCAUCCGCAAGCUCAUAGAUGCGUGCGCCUUUAAGAUCUACGGCCACUGGGUCAAGAAGGGCCAAACCCAGAACAGAGCAGCACUUUUUGAGAACACGGCCAAAACCAUCCUGCUUUCGAUCGCCACUGAAGCGGACGAGCCCAUCCAGUAACAAGCAGCGUGGACUGACGCGUGCUGAGUUUUACAUGGGGAAACAUUUAAACUUCUUUCUUCGUAGAAAAGAACUGCUACAACUAGUUUAUGCAUAAUGCAGCAUUUUUAAAAGCAGCCGUAGUGACUACAGGGGGAUUGAUUUAUCUCAAGGACUGAAAUGUUUGGCAAAAUUUUCAACCAUGCCACUGGUGACAUUGUGCUUGCUUUGUUCUAAAAGUGUACUCAACCCAUUGUCAGCUUGUGUCCUAUGAAAAUGCAGCUGCUGUGCUUUAGAUUGAAUGCAGCCCCUCAAAUACAAGGUGUAUCAAAAAAGAAUAAUCAGAUUUCAAAAGGCUAUACUUUUUAAUGAACAUAGAAACUUAUGGUAAAUUUUAAAGUACAUGGCUGAAUAUACAAAAAGUUACGUUUGCAAAUGCCUGAUGUGUCUCCCUCGGCAGUUAAACCUAGCCCAUACUUUGGAGAGCAUGUCUGGAAUCGCUGCUAUUGUUAAGCUUCUUACCAGCAACCAUGUAAAACUCGAAUCUGCUCUAACAGCACAUGUUCGUCUUUUGAUCGUUAAACGGCGAAUGGCUGUGGAAUUAAGGCGCUUUUAAAUCCGAUUUUUUUUGAUACACCCUGUAUAUUAACAAAUUUUUUUUCAGCAUUACAUGGUAUUCUUAUAGCCUUCGCACUCUAAAAACUGUUUAUAUUUCAAAUGUUAAAGAGUGACUCAGGAGGAAAAUAUAGAGUUUAGUUAUAGAGCAAGUCUAUACUCUAUUGUGAAACCUUGUGGGAAAUACCUGCACAGUUUAUCUGGCUGGAAUAUAAAACCUGCACACUUGAAAGGUCGUGUAUUUACAGUUUGAGAACUAUGUGCCUACUUAAUCAAUAUGCAGAGUAUGCUCUGGUGGCAGCAACUCAAGGGAAGUGUAACUUUAACUUGUAUGCUAUGAAUGUAUUUAUUAAAACAUGUAAAACCCCAAGUCCGGCAAAUGGAGGAGUACUUCAGCUCUGCAAUUCUGUGCUUUUCUGUCUUUCUGCAGCAUUUUUAAGCUUGAAGUAGAACACUGACACACACAGACAAAAAAGAAUUACAAUUUUAAAGUUUAUUAUCAACAGAGUGAGAUGCACAUCAAAAAAAACAUCACAUGUUCACAGACUUCAGACAGAUUUGAGUGUGUUGACCGUUGUCCCCACAGUCUUGCUUUGGAAGCUUUCAUCCUGCAGAAUUUAGAAAAACAGAAUAAAUCAAUAUGAAACCAUCAGGA